AUGCCGAGGAUGAUUCCCACUAUUCUCGAUGACGUUAGGGUUUUCCCUACUGAAAGCAUUUUCGCAUGGCAUCGUCAGUUCCCGUCUGCGCAAAACAUAUCGAACGAUGAGCUUCGCGACGAUAUUACCAAACUUGAACCUAUCUCGCCGUACUCCUUGCCCCUUGUUUCAGGCGUCGAAUACUCUGCCAGCGAGACAACUAUGGAUAUAGAGGCAAAUGCAACUUCUAUCGUGGAGCCCGGUGAUGCGGCCGACCUACCGAUUGAAUUAACGGACGAUGACGACUGCCCUAAUGAACCUGGAGAAACCUCUGGCUAUGCAAAUAGCGAGUCCAAACGCUCGCCGUCACCAAUUUCCGUUGAGCGUGAUGGGGAGAUUAGCCACGAGUGGGAGGUAGAAGCUAUUUUGGCACUCAAGAAGAAAAAAAAAGAGGCAGGGUGGUUUAAGGUGAAAUUCAAAGGCAGAGAAGAGGCCGAGUGGCUACCCGAGGAGGAUGUGUAUCCUGGCUGCGAAGAGUUGAUUAACGAAUUCCUCUCCCAAACUCGUCGCCGCAGCUCAAAAAAGCGACACAGAGAACCAUCUGUGGAACGCGGGCGCAAGAGACAGCGCAAGUAG